CACGGCGGCGUGCUCGGCCUCGCCGCCCUCGUCGCGCUGGCGCCGUACGACGUGCCUUCGUGGCUGCCAGAGGUGCUCGAGCGGCUGGCGCGGCACGCCCAGCAGCCGCAGCCCAUCAAGGCUGCCGUCUCGAGGGUGUUUGCUGACUUCAAACGCACACACCAGGCGCCGCCGACCAAUGCCGACAACUGGGCCGCCUCGAGGAAGCGGCUCACGCCGGAGCAGCUCGAGAUGCUCGCCGACGCGGAGCAGCCGCCGCACUGGUACGCCUGA